UUGAGCUAUCUAUCUGUCAGACAAGUUGGGUUAGGGACAGUUAGGGAAUAUUUAAUAAAAAAUCUCCAGCGAAUUUUCCAUUAAUAAAGUGUUCCAUAGCUGAUAAGCAAAUGGAUGUUUUAUCAAGACCGGCUGAGGAGUUUGAGAAUGAUCAAAGUGUCGAAGCUUUGUGGGCUAUGAGAGCCUACGAACAUGCCGAAAUAUACUUUAAUAUUUUGUGCUCAGUUGACCCGAAGAUUCUAAGACUAACACCUGAAGACGAUCUCAUAUACAGACUGUUUAGGGAGGAGUUUCCCAAACUUGAUGUCCAGCUUAUCAUUGAGCAGGAGCUGAAAAGCACCAAGGAAAAAGCUAAAUGGCGACCGUUUUGCGAGAAGUUCAAAACCAUAGUUGAAGAUUACAGCUAUGGUACUCUACUCAGAUCUGAUGCACUGAAAGACUAUAGUGAAGAAAACACUAUUCUCGUAACGCGAAUUCAGUUUUAUGCCGUUGAAAUAGCGAGGAACAGGGAAGGAGUUAAUGAUGUUUUGCGGGCGAAAUUUCUGCCACAACCUCAAAGCGACGAUUCAAAUGAAUCCGAUCACAGCUAGUGAUCAACCAGCAAUGAUAUUUACUAGUACAGAAGGCUAAUACAUCUCACAACAGUAAA